AUGUCCAAGUAUCCUCAUCCUCAAACCUACCUCUUCACCGCCACACUGAACAAGGAUGUGAGGAGUUUGCGUCGCGUAGCGCUUCGCAAGGAUUCUGUCAUUUGCACUCCCACUACUGCUGCUCAUAUGCUCUCCAAAUCUCAACCCUUCGUUAGUGUUGACUUACCAGCUGGUUUGAGUCACUACUGCUUGCCUACUCGUAGAGUUGACAAAUUGGCGUGUCUCGAGUGGUUACUGGAGAAGACGGGCGAUGUCCGGACACUCGUGUUCUGUGCUCGCUGUCAUGAGACGCGCUAUUUGGCGGGUUUUUUGGUAGAGCGGGGCUAUAAGGCGGUGGGAUUGAUGGGUAAAAUGAAACAGCUGGAAAGGCGCCGUGUACUUGCUGAAUUUGUGGAGGGAAAGGCGAAUAUUUUAGUCGCAACGGACGUGGCCAGUCGUGGUCUAGACUUGCCUCUAGUGGGUCUGGUGAUUAAUUACGGCGUUCCUCUCACCACUAAGUCCUACCGUCACCGCGUUGGCCGCACAGCCAGAGCUGGUCGAUCUGGCACUGCGGUUACUAUUGUAACUCGUGAUGAAGGCAAGGCCUACCUCGAUCUUGAAUCUGCUCUCCUCCCCACGAAGCCGAAAGAAUCGCGGCGUUGUAUUCCACGUUGGCCUCAUCAACUUCCUCCAGAAGAAGGGAAACAAUCAGAUGGUGAAAUUGGAAUGGAGAAACGGAGACGCCUAGCCGACGAAGCGUGGUCAAGAGCUGCAAAAGCAAUUCGUGAGGCUGAGUCCCUUCGACUGAUAGAGGAGGAGAGAAAAAGAGGCGAUUAUUCCACUUUUUCAUCCUCCGAAGAUGAAAAUGCCUUUGAUGACUUUGAUACCAUGGAUGAGGUAGAACUGGGCAACCAAUCUUGGGCUAGCGGGGCAGCAGGAAUAGCGGCGUAUGCGGAGGCGAUGCGUCGAAGGAAACAGCAACGUCGAAACAAACGGGCCACGGUGAUGGAUGGCAAGGAGGCGGAGGAGGAGGACGCGGCAGAGGCCAUAAGUGGCGAUGAUAGCGAGGUGGAUGAGGAGAAAGGAAAUCUGCAUUUCGAUCAGCCGAUCAAGGAGAAUUGGGCUGCGAGGAGAAAAAAGAAUAAUCAGGCAAAGAAGCCACGAACGCGUUGA